AAAAUGUUAACUUGUCAAACGAGGCCUUAGAUUAGGUUUUUAAAAUAUCAAAACAUUGUCAAUUAUUAGAGAUUACAGAUUCAUCAAGUAUCAUUUAUUUGACAGUAUAAUCAUUUUCAAUGGUUAGAAGCAUUAUUACUAGAACUUUUCAUGCAUUUAAUGAACAAUGUGAACUUUAUUAUUAGUAUAUUUAUUUUUAUGGGCAUUGACUUGGACCAAAAAUGACUUUAUGCACUAAUUUGUGUUGAAGGACUGGAGAUGCAAUGGAAAAGGUUAUGUGGCCUUCCGCAAUUAUAUUAACAGGCUGAGGAACUGGGAAAGUUUGCAUAUACCUAGCCACCCAAGCACUCCUGGACAAAGGGUAAUUUACUGGUUGAUGCAUCAGUGGGCGAUGGAUAUCAUCUCCAGGUCCACUCUCUCUUUCUUUUGAGAUGGACAGCUGGAGUCCUAUCAGGGUAUUCCUCAUUUCUAUAAUUUUUCUCAAAAUUUACUUUUUUAGGUUAAAUUGCAAGACAUAUUGCCUCUUUUGUUUUCUCUCUCUGCUGUAUAUUUAUUCAACAAAGUUUCUCCAUGUGGGAGAAAACAAACCUACAAUCUAUUAUUUAAGAAUGUUUAUGCAUUGACUGCAGAGAAAAGUUUUGCAAAUAUGGUUGCUUUUUACUGUCUUAAAUUCAACUCCUCCCUCUUCUCUUCUUGUUGUUGGUGUUUCCUUGUGAUUUUGUGAGGUGUAUUUUUUUGUCUUGAUAAGACAAAUCAUGAACUUGAUCGUCGUAUGCCACUGUCUGUGUGUGUGUGUGUGUGAAUUGAGGAUCUGCAUCAGCUACAAUGAUUGGAUUGCAUUAUGUUAUAAUCUGGGUUUUUAUGAUGCUUAUUGUACAUUUAUACUCUAGAAAUCAUUUGUAGUGAUUAAAUCUUAAUUGCUAACUGUUAUGCUAAUUUGAGGUGGUUGGGAGUUAGGACAUCAGUUGCUAAUUAUGAUGACGUACUCUAUAUUCGGUUUAAAUAGUUUUCUUCUGGUGCCAAAGUAUCUAGACAUGAUUAAUGGAGUACCCUUUUUCAACACGUGGCUCUUGCUCCUGUGUCAUGUGUCCUGUUAUCAUGGACCUACGAAGUGGCAGUCAAGCUUUGAGUCAUAGUCCAAAGUUUCAGCUCAAAAGCCUCAAAUGCAAGUGAUGGUGAUCACCCACGUAGAAAAGCUGAACCUGGAUAUUCCUUUGUGGGGAUGCAUUGCAUCUUUGACCAAUGCAAGGCCAUGGUUACGGUUGUGAAGUUUGGGCAAAUGAGUUCUGAUCUACUUGCAUAUGGGGCAUCAGAUGGUACCUUGACUGUAUGCACUGUCUCUGAUCCACCUGCAGUUCUCAACCAGUUAAUAGGGCAUUCAAAGAUGUCACAGG